GGCGAGCGAGGGGAAGGGAGCCUGAUAAUGGCGGCCGGGAGCAGAGAGCGCCGCGGCGGCUCUGAGAUACCUUGACCUUGAAGAUGGUGAGUAGCCAGCCAAAGUACGAUCUAAUACGGGAGGUUGGUCAUGGCAGCUAUGGUGUGGUGUAUGAGGCAGUAGUGAGGAAAACCUCUGCCCGUGUUGCAGUGAAGAAGAUUCGGUGCCAUGCUCCAGAGAAUGUAGAACUAGCCCUGCGUGAGUUUUGGGCACUUAGCAGCAUCAAGAGUCAACAUCCAAAUGUUAUCCAUCUGGAGGAAUGCAUCUUGCAAAAAGACGGUAUGGUGCAAAAGAUGUCCCAUGGUUCCAACUCCUCACUUUAUUUACAGCUUGUGGAGACGUCUUUGAAAGGUGAAAUUGCCUUUGAUCCCAGAAGCGCCUACUACCUUUGGUUUGUGAUGGAUUUCUGUGACGGCGGCGAUAUGAACGAAUACCUCCUAUCCCGAAAGCCAAACCGGAAGACCAAUACCAGCUUUAUGCUUCAGCUUAGCAGUGCCCUGGCUUUCCUGCACAAAAACCAGAUAAUCCACCGUGACCUCAAACCUGACAACAUCUUGAUUUCCCAGAGCAGGACGGAUGCUAGUGACUUAGAACCUACUUUGAAAGUAGCAGAUUUUGGACUAAGCAAGGUUUGCUCUGCUUCAGGACAAAACCCUGAAGAACCCGUGAACGUCAACAAGUGUUUUCUUUCUACAGCGUGUGGCACAGACUUCUAUAUGGCCCCUGAAGUUUGGGAAGGCCAUUAUACAGCGAAAGCAGAUAUCUUUGCCUUGGGGAUUAUAAUUUGGGCAAUGUUGGAAAGGAUCACUUUCAUAGACACGGAGACAAAGAAAGAGCUGCUGGGAAGCUAUGUCAGGCAAGGGACCGAGAUUGUGCCUGUCGGAGAAGCGUUGCUAGAAAAUCCGAAAAUGGAACUGCACAUUCCUGUUAAAAAAAAGACAAUGAAUGCUCGCAUGAAACAGCUCAUUAAGGAAAUGCUUGCUGCUAACCCACAAGACCGCCCAGAUGCUUUUGAAUUAGAACUCCGGUUAGUCAAAAUUGCUUUUAAAGACAGCAGUUGGGACACGUGACCUCCAAUGUACUUUUCCCUGUCGUGACAGAGUUAUGUCUGUAACAAUGGUGCAGCAAUUUGUGGAGGUAAAAACCAGACUGAGACAAAUGUAACAUGUCAGGGUUUCAUGUUUAUCUUUUCCCAUCGCAUUUCUCUUGAGUUUUGUAAACUAAGCUUAAGGUAGCCAUUCUGGUUUCAUUACCCACGUAUGUAUUAUUUCUAAGCCACUGCCAUUGUAAUAUCCACCUGGCCAGGAAAUGUGGCAGGUUAAGUGGCUGCUUUCGAGGAGUACCUUAUGGAAUAUUUUGUACAUUCCAGUUUCCUGCUGCAAGUUUGGAAUGCCCACAGAAGAAAAGAUUUGUAUGCUGGCAAUGCAAAUCAUUCAGCUUUGUAGAACAAAUGUGUAUAUAUUUAUGUCGCUAUGGGUGACUUGACUCCCUCCAUUUUCCAUAUGGUCAAAAUAUGCCCAUUAUUUAUCUUGUCUCGUAUAGAAUUUGGGUGACCGUCGCUCAUCCAUGAACCCCUAGUAUAUUACCAGUGUGUCAUUUCAUCUAAAGAGGAAAAAACAUGGUGGCAUAAAAUGUGGCAAACAAAGGAGAUUCAAAUAUUCCUGCUUCUUGGCAGGGGGUUGGACUGAGUGGCCCAAGAGGUCUCUUCCAACUCUUUGAUUCUAUGAAAGGGAACCUCUGAUUCAAAUUUUGGGCUCCUGUGGAGAGAAUCUCUUAGGCUGGAAGGCUACAGUAUGAUGGCAUAUUCCAGUUGUUGAAUGCCAGAACCUUGGUUAGGUCAUUAUCCUUUUGGCUUUGUUUUUCUAGGCAGUGGAGCAGCUCUUUGUUAGACCAUAAUCUCUAAAUAUCCCUCUUUCUUCUAUUUGAGAUACAGCAUUAUUUAAUUCAGAGUACUUACUUGAUGACUUAAAAAAUAAAUGUAAAUCAUAGUAAAGAAAUCUCAGUGUUCUGUGGAAACCUUUGCAAGUAUGCCUCAUUUUAUUUGUUGUCCUGGCAUAGAGGCUAGUUGUGUUAACUGUUGCCCUUCCUUUUAGUAGAUGUUAUUUCGGUUGCUUGGUAGUAGUGGUCUUUAUGACAGAAUACUUGUUUCAUUUCCAUUGGAAAAGAAAUAGAUUCUGAAACCUUUAUGUAUCAUUGAAUUCCCCAGAUUCUUUACUGAUAAAAUAUUGCCAAUUUAGGUGGGUGAGUGUUUCUGCACAAAAUAAUUGCACUUGUUGUUCUGCGCUGAGUUCCCCCCCCCCCCUUAAAUUAUUGACAAUACAUACAGAACACACAAUUCUGCCGCCCCAAGCACAAAGAGCAGGGUAUGGAGGUGAUAUGGUCCGUGUGUCCUUUUCUCAUCCAUCGUGGCAUUUUUGUGCUCCUGCUAGUAUGUUUUCCCCCUGAAGCUAUUACUCUUUCCUGGCUUCUGCUCUGAAGUACUAAGAAGCCUUCCCCUCCUCCAGGUUCCUGGUGCGAAUUUUGCACCUUGCUCUCUGUGUCUGGGAUAAAAGGAGUUGCACUUUUCAGUUUGUUUCUGCUUGGCUGCAGACAGGAGCAAAACUCUGAUUCAGGAGUAAAUAGGGAACUCCUGUAGCGGAAGACAAAACAAUGUGUGUGUUCAUUUGUUGUUGAAAAUGGAUUCAAUGUUUAGGUUAAAAUAGUUCUGAUGCUAUCAGCCACAGCCUUCAUAACAGAAGGUGAACUGACCUUUGUUUUCUCAUCAAGUGCACUGGAACUGAACAUACACUGUCAUCCUUAUAUGAUUACAAUGAGAAAAUGUGUUGGUUUUAUUUCUAAUAGAAAUACCCAUGUUGAAGAAGAUGCCUUUCAAGUGACUUAAAAAAGAAUCACAUAUCCCUUUGCUCACUAUAUAGUUAUACAGAGCAACCCAUUAUCUUUUGACCCAACAGCAAAUCUUAGGCGAUCUGUCGGACCUACUUCCAGAUCUCCAAGGGUUGCAAAGUGAACCAUUUAUAAGACCUUCAGGAAACAUUUAGAUUUAAAGCCUUUUUGAAGAUUUAAUGAAAUCUGACUAACAACCUAUAGUUUCACAAAGGGGAAUGUCAACUGCUAUCAAUUGGCAUGUCUCUGGCUGGCUUCCCAGUGUCAUGCCCGUCCUUUGACAGCAAAAGUAAGGCUAGGUAAAUAUGCUCCUUACUCUUUAAAGCACCAGUGUGCCUUUAGAGACAAGAUUAUGUAGUGAGUAGAAAGGCAGUUGUAAAGGAUAUCCUGGCAUUCAGCAGUUUCCGUAAUAUGCAUGUCAAACAAAAGCAUAUGAGCUGUAAGAGAUUGGCAGUCAUUGAUGAUUCAAAAAAACCUAUCUAAUCGGAUUACUGUGUGCUAUUUCUUGCAAUUUGCAGAUCCAUUCAGAUUCUUCUUACAUAAUAGUGCAAAAACUUGGAGUAUUUAAAUACAUAUUUAUUGCACAGUAAAAUUCUUAAUGCCAAAAGUGCACUGGUUUCUUGGUUUUUAAAGUCGGGGAGGCUUCCCCAGGUCACCUCCCUUCAUGGUGCUUUGCCUUUUGGCAUUGAAUGCUAACUUAAUGAUUCCAUUCCUUCACCAUUGAAUAACUGUCUCUGAGAUCUGUGUGUGUGCGUGUGAUUUUUGUUGUUGCUUAGGGUUUUUUUGGGGUUUCUGUAAAAUCUCUGAAAUCAACACUUAUUGUAGCAGCUACAAAACAAUCCACCAGCGUAACGAAAGUUGCGAUGCUCAUCAGCACUUCGGAAAGCAAACUUUCAAAGUUUUUCCUUACAAAUUGUAAACUCUAUUUUGUGAAGAAUUUAUUAAAAGGGGGGGGGGUGGUUGUGUAAUUUAUUAAGUUCAUGCCUUUUUAGAAAAGAAUAAAGUCUGAAUUGAAAGAAA